UGCUGCUGCUGCUGCUGCUGAAGCCCUGGCAGGAGCCCGCUGAUCUCUGCACACACACCCCGUUAUCCCACAGCUGGCACCGGAGGGGGCACCUCUCACAGAAGGCAGGAAGAGGGGGGCAGAGCGGGGCCACUCCAUUGGAGCUGAUCCUUGCCCUGGAGGCGUUUGGAAGCCCAGAGCUAGGAGUGUGCAGCUCCAGCUCUCUCCUCCUCUCCAUUCUCCUGCAGCUCCGGCUCCUUCCUCUCUGGUCUCCAGGCUGCACCAGGGCUUUGGGGGGCUCGUGAAAGCAGAGGGUGCCCGGGAGACAGAAGGGGGCACUGAAUCCGGGGAGAGGACAAGGCUCACAGGGAGGAAGAAGAAGAAGAGUAGGAGGAAACGAUCUGGCCGGGAUCAAGGAGGAAAGCAGCAUGUCCCGUCUGUCGCUCACCCGCUCCCCGGUCUCUCCCUUGGCUUCACAAGGAAUACCUCUCCCAGCGCAGCUCACCAAAUCCAAUGCACCUGUGCACAUCGACGUGGGGGGACACAUGUACACCAGCAGCCUGGCCACCCUGACCAAGUACCCGGACUCAAGAAUAAGUCGUCUGUUUAAUGGGACAGAACCCAUCGUACUGGACAGCUUAAAACAGCAUUACUUUAUCGACCGGGAUGGAGAAAUUUUCCGCUACAUCUUAAGUUUUCUACGAACUUCAAAAUUGCUCCUUCCUGAAGAUUUUAGGGAAUUUAAUCUACUAUAUGAAGAAGCCAAAUACUAUCAACUCCAUCCGAUGGUGAAGGAACUCGAGAGGUGGAAACAAGACAAGGAGCAUCGGAAGCAUUUCCAGCCAUGUGACUGUCUAGUGGUGCGGGUGACUCCAGAUCUUGGAGAGAGGAUUGCACUGAGUGGGGAGAAAGCGUUAAUAGAGGAGAUUUUUCCUGAGACUGGAGAUGUCAUGUGUAACUCUGUAAAUGCUGGAUGGAACCAAGACCCAACUCACGUCAUCAGGUUUCCACUUAAUGGCUACUGCAGAUUAAACUCUGUGCAGGUUCUUGAAAGACUCUUUCAGAAAGGAUUUCACGUUGCAGCCUCUUGUGGGGGUGGAGUUGACUCCUCACAGUUUAGUGAAUAUGUACUGUGCCGAGAGGAUAGAAGGGUGCAGCCGAACACAAUGAGGAUAAAACAGGAGCCUCUGGACUGAUGUUUCCUGAAAUUCCCUCCUCACCAUUGAAGUGUUCACUAGUCCUUGAUGUGAAGAACCUCAGGACCUGCAAACCAGUAUUAUUAGACUUCAUAUGACUUUUUGUUGCCAGUUUGUGAUACUUUUGAAAGGUAACUUUUGACUUAGCCAAGUAAGCAGCCCAGUUCUCUCAACGGCCCUCGCCAAUGCAAGUUCAUCUCAACAG